AUGCCUCCAAAGAAACAUUCCAACCCGAAAUCCAAAAUCGCCACUCCAGCCCCCUCUCCUCCCCUUCUCCCCUCCUGGCCUCCCCUCAAGCCGCUCAUCCCUUCCUCAGACCUUAAACUUCACUCUCUCCUCCCUUCCCAGAUCCUCACAAUCCCUAACUUCUUCACCUCCAGCCUGUGCAGAAGCUACGUGUCCUUUCUUGAGAAACUCCCGCUCACCACGACGCCCGGCAAGCCGAAGAAAGGGGACGCGCUCCGGUUCAACGACCGGUUCCAGGUGUUAGACGAGGGCUUCGCGAAUCGGCUAUGGCUUGAGACGGGGCUGCAGGAGUUGGUUUGUGGGCGAGAUGAAGAUGAUGGGGAGGGCGAGGAGGGCGAGGAGGGAGUGAUGGUCAUGUCGAAGGAGCAGAGGAGAGAGUUGUGGGGAGGCGAAGUCGUUGGUCUCAAUCCCUCCAUCAGAAUCUACAGGUACACGAAAGGACAAUUCUUCGAUUGCCAUUACGAUGAAUCCAACGUACUGACCUUGGCUACCAAACCGACGCCGACGCCCGUAAAGACUACCUGGACUAUGCUGCUGUACCUUACGUCUCCGAAGACGGGGUGCAUAGGUGGCGAGACGGCCUUUUAUCCAGACGAGAUCACGUUUGGGGGGAAGAAGAAUGUGGUCCAGGAGCCGGUUGUAGUCGGGCUAGAGACGGGGAUGUGUUUGCUGCACAAGCAUGGCAACGACUGCAUGCUGCAUGAAGGAAGAGAGGUAUUAGAGGGCGAGAAAUGGGUCAUCCGCUCCGACCUAUUGAAAUUGGAGAAACAGAACGCAAAAAGUGUACCCCUAGAAGUGAAGGGCGAACCCAGGCUUCCGCACUCCUUAGUAUCAACUCCCAACUGCUUCCACACCUUCCUCGGAAUUGUCAUCCAUCAUGAUAACGUCCCCUCUACCGCAUUUCCAUACAAAAUUACACCCAAUCAUCCUCCAUUAACUCGUGCAUUCAUCCUCAUUCCGUCGGCCGAUACUGUUUCGACCGGUGCUGUUCCGCCCGGCGAAACCUCCUAUCUAUCCAUCAAUCACUCCUACUCCGUCCUGUCGUCGAUCCUCUUUGUGAAUUCCGACGCCUCAGCGUGUCUGACGGCCUUCAAGUCGGAUACUUGGCGAGUGUUGACGGCCACCGGUGGAUCAUUGAUCAUCCAUGCCGGAAUUACGCGAGACGAAACGCAACUAGCGAAGAGGAUGGCGACGAGGGUUGAGGAGGAGACGCGCAUGAUGAGAUUCUUGCGACUGACGAGGGAGGUCGACCCGAUGAAAGACGAAGAAACUUUCAAAGUUGGGUGUGAUACAGAAGAGAUGGGAGUGGCCUCACUUAAAGCCAUGACCCGUUCACAAGAUGAAAGAGGAUUUGAUGCUCGGUCCAUGAUCAUGAAACAAAAGGUUGAGGAGCUUAUCAUUUCACUGGGCACUCCUGAUCCCUUCAUGCGACGAUCUGUUGAGCCGAGGCAUGAAGCCGGUGGACUCGCUAAGCUGCAAAGAGGUGGCUGGGGGCUAUGA